AUUGUCGAAGUCGCACGAAGGUGGUGGGGCGGAGAUGGGGGAGAAGGCGAAGCAGUGGCUCCUCGCCGCCGGCGCCGGUGCCGCGGUUGGGGCGCUCUCCACUGCCGCCGUCAUGAGCAUCGUCUCGAGAUCCAAGCGGAGAGAGGGGUACGUGCGCAGCCUGCUGGAAUCGAAUGGCGUUGCCUGUGGUGGUACUGGAUCCAGUAUUCGUCCGUGCGCAGCGUGCGCUGUUGGUAGUUCGGAUCUUCUUGAUGAUGAAGUAGUCUCUGAACAGCUUACAAGGAAUAUACAAUUUUUUGGCUUGGAAUCUCAGAAGAAAGUGACGGAAUCUUUUGUUGUAGUAAUUGGUCUUGGAGGGGUUGGCAGCCAUGCUGCUUCAAUGCUUCUUAGAUCUGGGGUUGGCAAAUUGCUCCUCGUGGAUUUUGAUCAGGUCUCAUUAUCUUCACUGAAUCGACAUGCUGUGGCAACAAGAGAUGACGUGGGAACACCAAAAGCAUUGUGCCUCAAGAAGCAUUUUUCAAUGAUAUAUCCAGAGUGCCAAAUCGAAGCAAAAGUGCAGUUGUAUGAUCCAUCAUGUGAGGAGGAAAUUCUGUCUGGAAAGCCAGACUUUGUUCUUGAUUGUAUAGAUAACAUUGAUACGAAGGUUGCACUCCUCGCGGCUUGUGUACGCAGAGGUUUAAGGGUGCUUUCAGCAAUGGGGGCUGGGGCUCGAGCAGACCCAACCAGAAUUCGUGUUGCAGAUUUGAGAGAAUCAAGCAAUGAUCCCCUUUCUAGGGCUGUGCGGUAUCGGCUGAAGAAAGACCAUGGAAUUGAAGGUGGAAUACCAGUAGUAUUUUCAUUGGAGAAGCCCAAGGCAAAACUACUUCCUUUUCAAGCUUCAAAAGAAGAAGAAACUCCAUCGGAUUACCAGAUCGUGCCAGGAUUCAGGGUGCGCAUUAUCCCAGUGCUGGGAACUAUCCCUGCAAUAUUCGGUCAAGUUAUGGCAUCGUAUGUGGUUACUCAGCUUGCCAAAUUGGAUUUUCAAACUGAACCAGUUGUUAACUUGGAUUUGGACCAUUACCGUAUUCUGCACCAUCGUCUUCUUGAGCAUGAGGAGCUGAUAUAUGGGUCUGCUGAACAAGUUCUGGUUGAUGCUGAAGAGGUAAUGUACAUUGUCAAAGAGCUGUGGCGUGGUCGAAGUGCUAGAGACCAAAAUCUGAAGGACAUUGGCCGUAAGAUGUGGAGAUCUGUUAAUGAACUAAUGCUUGUUCGGUGGGAUAAAUCAAAGCCUGCUGGUGUGUCAAACUUAAUACUUCUCAAGUUCAACGAGGCUGAUGCACAUGAAUCGACCACUCUUGACCGAGUAAAGGAAGAAGAACCUGAAUUUUACACCAUGGUUUCACAUGUUCUGAAACGAGCUGAAGCAGAAUUUGCUUUAUGAGUGGGUCUCAUAGAUCAUUGGAUGCUCCAGCUUCUAUACGGUGAUAACAAUGGUUUGUUCAUGAACGAAGCAAUUAGAUUUGGUUUUUGAAGAACCCAAUUUUUGAUACUGCUGAUUCGGAAGCCAGUGGAAGAUUGCGCAAGUGCAUUUUCAGCUGCCAAUUCAUUAUCUACAUGCUGUCAAAGAUGGAACUUGGUAACAAUUUUGUUUUCUGCAAAGAAUCUUCUGGAAUCAGCAAGAUCAAGUAUUUUGUGUUGUAAUCUGAUGGGCAGUGUUUGUCGGGAUUUAACCCAAUUUAGCGGACAAAUAUUGUCUCAGCUGUAUUCGGUGGAACUGAAACAUAUUCAAGCCGAGACGAAUAUCAUCUGUUUCCUUGUUUCAAACAGGGAAAAAGAUGAUGCGCAUAUUAAUCCUGA